CGACGGAAAAAGCUCCGAGCGGCAACAGCGCAUGCGUUCUAUCAGCGGAGGAGCGCAAAGGUACGGAGACAGAGAGGCCGUUUCGGAGAGGCACAAAACCAGACGCCCUAUAUGUGAGGUUACUCUCGCCAGACAGGGGCGCGAAAAACUGUAGAAAACGCGAGACCAAAAGGAAGCAGAAGGCGAAGGACUUGUGUCGCAGGUGCAGAAGAAGCUAGAAAAGCGAGAAGGAAGAAGGGUGUCUCCUGGGUGCCUGAAAAAACUUCUUCCUCCAGUGUGCGUGUGAACGUUGGCGCCACGGCGCGAGACGAAAGUCGUCCGGUGAGAGAAUCCACGCGAGAGCACAGGGCAUGCAUCGUUUCAGGUGACCCGUUUUCCUCGCUUUCUUCACAUUUUCUUUUCUUCUUUCGGAGUGGAAGGCAGUCCGGUGGAAAGAAGGACGAGGUCGCGUUCCUCCUGCCUCGCUUCGGUGUUUUCUCCUCCGUCUUCCUGAGAGAGGACGCCCUGCGCGCUGCCUCUCUCUCCUCUCGCCCCGCCGGUCGACCGUCUCUUUCUUCUCCCGCCUUCUGUGUGUUGCUUCGUCCACCUCUGCCGUUCUUCCUCCUCCUCGAGGCUUCUCUCUGUCUCCGUUCCUUCUUCGUAGUCUCCCCCUCGCUCUCUGUCUCUUCGUAAAAUCUCCCCCUCUGUCCUCGCCUUCUUCUUCUCCGCGUCCCUCGCACCAUGGGGCUCUCCCCGGCCUUCGCGGCCACCGCUGGCUGUCGCCUGGCCUCGCCGGUCGCGAAUUCUUCUCGUUUCCUGUCGCUUCUGCGUCUCUCUCGUCCGCGUCUGAACGCGGCGGCGCCGGCGGCGGAAGCUGCAAAGACGCUGGAGAGGAAUGUGCCGAUGAAGGAGAUUCUCCAGCCUCUCUGGGUGGUCGAGCCCCCCAACUUCCUCCGACAGCCGGUGUGGAAGCAGUUCUGGGAGGCGCAGUUCGCCAAUCGAAGCUUCUUCUUCUUCGGGAACGCCUGGACCUCCGCCGCCGCCUUCGCCUUCUUCAUCUGGUGGAGUCGCGUCUUCGACCCACCCCCAAAGGAGAGGCUCGAUCGCUACUGGCUGAACUCCCCAAAGUUCCGCAUUCUCUCGGCGUUCCAUAACCCCGGAAAGCGUCCGGGCCUGAAAAUUUCCUUGAUGACGUACGAGGCGCGCUACUGCUACCGGGGGCUCGACCACCCGUUUACUCUGAACGAAAUGAAAGAUUUUCUCUUCAAACUCAGAGAGCAGUACCUGGUGAAUAAAUACGAAGGCAUACAGUUCCCCUUCGUCUUCAGACAGUUCAACAGAGUCUCGACUCCGGGGACGCUUGAGGUGCACACUUCUCCAGCGUUGCAACAGCAGCCCCACUUCCACGAGGAAGCCGCUGGACACCAUUAAAGUGCAUGCAGGCGAGGAGUGCCUCGACGAGGCACAAGCCUUCGUUCACCUUGUUUAUCUGUUUAGUCUUUUACUCGUGAGAUUUUCUUUGUGACAGUUUGCGUUCCCUCUCUCUGAGAAGAGCAGCGCGUGGGGUGACACGAAAGACGCAACAUAGACACGAAGAGAAAAUCGCGAGUUCUCUUGAGUGCAUGCCGACUCUUCUUUCUCUCACACUAACAGCUGUACA